AUGAUCGCUUCCGUCUUUUCUCUCCCAGUGUCCCCGACCGUCGCCCUUCAGGAAGUGCAUGUGAGCAGGGAGACCAUUGGGAAGAUCGCAGUGGCCAGCAAAUUGAUGUGGUGCUCCGCAGCGGCCGACGUCCUGUUUCUGUUGGACGGCUCUCACAGCAUCGGGAGGGGGAGCUUCGAGAGAUCCAAGCACUUUGCCGAGGCUGUCUGUGAUGCUCUGGACAUCAGCCCCGGCAGGGUCAGAGUGGGAGCCGUGCAGUUUGGUUCCACUCCUCAUCUGGAAUUCCCCCUGGACUCCUUUUCAACCCGACAGGAAGUGAAGGCAAACAUCAAGAGGAUAUCGUUCAAAGGCGGCCGCACAGAGACGGGACUUGCUCUGAAACACCUUCUCGGAGGGUUCCCUGGAGGCAGACGUGGCUCUGUGCCCCAGCUGCUUAUCAUCAUCACAGAUGGCAAGUCCCAGGGGCCGGUGGCUAUUCCAGCUCAGCAGCUGAGAGAGAGGGGCAUCGUCGUGUUUGCUGUAGGGGUCCGGUUUCCCAGGUGGGACGAGCUGCUCACGCUGGCCAGUGAGCCACAGGAGCAGCAUGUGCUGCUGGCUGAGCAAGUGGAUGAUGCCACCAACGGCCUCCUCAGCACCCUGAGUGGCUCUGCGCUCUGCACCACUGCUGAUCCAGACUGCAGGGUGGAGGCCCACCCCUGCGAGCGGAAGACACUGCAGACCGUCAGAGAACUCGCCGGCAAUGCCUUAUGCUGGAGGGGAUCACGGCGGGUGGACUCCGUGCUGGUCCUGCGCUGUCCCUUCUACAGCUGGAAGAAAGUGUUCCAGACCCACCCUGCCACCUGCUACAGAACCAUCUGUCCGGGCCCCUGUGACUCCCGGCCCUGCCAGAAUGGAGGCACGUGCAUUCCGGAAGGUGUGGAUAAGUACCACUGCCUCUGUCCGCUGGCAUUUGGAGGGGAAGUCGACUGUGCCCCGAAGUUGAGCCUGGAGUGCAGGAUAGAUGUCCUCUUCCUGCUGGACAGUUCUUCAGGCACCUCUCCAGAGGGCUUCAGCCGGGCCAAGGCCUUCGUGAAGCGCUUUGUGCAGGCCGUGCUGAGCGAGGAGUCUCGGGCGCGCGUCGGGAUAGCCAGUUACAGCAGGGAUCUGAUGGUGGCUGUGCCCGUUGGGGAGUACCAGGAUGUGCCAGACCUGGUCAGGAGCCUUGACAGCAUUCCCUUCAGGGGUGGCCCAACGCUGACUGGCAGUGCCUUACUACAGGUGGCAGAGCAUGGCUUUGGGAGUGCCAGCAGGACGGGCCAGGACAGGCCACGCAGAGUGGUGGUUCUGCUCACCGAAUCACACUCGCAGGAUGAGGUGGCUGGGCCAGCAGAGCACGCAAGGACUCGGGAGCUGCUCCUCCUGGCCUUGGGCAGUGAGACGGUGCAGGCGGAGCUUCGGGAGAUCACAGGUAGCCCGAAGCACGUGAUGGUCCACACAGGCCCUCAAGACCUGUUUAGCCAAAUCCUGGAGUUACAGAGGAGGCUGUGCAGCCAGCCGGGGCCAGGCUGCCAGGCACAGUCCCUGGACCUGGUCUUCCUGCUGGACGCUUCCGCCUCAGUGGGACCUGAGAACUUUGCUCAAAUGCAGAGCUUCAUCAGGAAAUGCACCCUCCGGUUUGAUGUCAACCCCGAUGUGACCCAGGUUGGCCUGGUGGUAUAUGGUAGCCAGGUGCAGACAGCCUUUGGGCUGGGCACUCAUCCCACCCGUGCUGCCGUGCUGCGGGCCAUGAGCCAGGCGCCCUACCUGGGGGGCAUGGGCUCUGCUGGCACAGCCUUGCUGCACAUUGGUGGCAAAGUGAUGACUGUCCAGAGGGGGGCCCGCCCCGGUGUCCCCAAGGCUGUGGUGAUGCUGACGGGCGGAAAUGGGGCAGAGGAUGCAGCUGUCCCUGCCCAGAAGCUGAGAAAUAAUGGCAUCUCAGUCUUGGUUGUGAGCGUGGGGACUGUCCUCAGAGAGGCAGUGCGGAGGCUCGCUGGCCCCCGGGACUCCCUGAUCCAUGUGGCAGCUUACAGUGAUCUCCGGUACCACCAGGACGUGCUCAUCGAAUGGCUUUGUAGAGAAGCCAAGCGGGCAGUCAACCUCUGCAAGCCCAGCCCAUGCAUGCACGAAGGUGCCUGCGUCCUGAGGAACGGCAGUUACCGCUGCGAGUGCCGGGCUGGCUGGGAAGGCCCCCACUGUGAGAAGCACAUCAUGAGAGGAGAUGCUCCCGUGGCAUAUAGCUUCCACCAACAGCCCACAGGAAGACAGCGGCCAACCCCCUCUCAGCAAGCUCCUGGGCAUCCCAGAGUUUGAAAGGCACUGUCCUCAGCCCGGUGCAUCUCCUGGGGGCCUGGAGCAUCUGCUGCCAGCUCUAAGCAGAGCCGUUUUGCCCACAAGCCACAGGGGACGCUGCCUGGGACAGUAGCAGCCACAGCUGCCACUCACGGUGGUGGUGUUGGAAACUCCUAA